AUGACCACCCUAGAGGAGCAUCACGAACCGGGGACCGUCGAGAAUCACGAGCAGGAACUUGCAACGAAGACUCAGGACCUUUCGCUUGCCGAUCAUGAGGUCGACGGAGAGGCGAUUCCUAACGGAGAUGCGACCCAUGAACAUGACGCCGAGGAUGACGGAGAUGACGGAGAUGACAGGCAUAUCAACGGCGACGCAACCUCUGUCCACACAGCAAGGUCCCGCCCCAAUGUAGAGGAACCUUCUCGUUCUUACGUCAAGCCCAUUCCUAUCGUCACCACCUAUGAGCCUGAUAUCCCUGAAACCACCUCCGUUAAACAUAGAUCGGUCGCGGGAUCUGUCAAGGCGCCUACCCAGAGAGGUACCUCCAUGCGAGCCAACUCAGUUCGAGCUCCAACCAAGGCGGAGACCAUUCGAUCGCCUUCUCGUGCCGCAUCGGUUCGUCCCACUUCUAUUCGAAAGGCCGAGUCAGUCCGAUCCCUGGGACCGCCUGCCUCGGUCAAGCCUUCCGUCAGAGGCUCACAGCGGUACUCUCACCUUGCUGAAGGUGCGAUUGGAGGCGCAGCCGUCGGAGAAGUCGUCUCAUCUGAGCGGCAGCGGGAGCUUCAACAAGCUGGCGAGCAGAAUCAUCGCGGCGUCGCACUCACCGAUAACGGUCCAAUUAUGGGCAAUCAUCGACCAACUUCGCCUUUUGGCUACCGUCCUCAACCGAACAUCAUGAGUGUAACCGAAGACGGUAGAGAAAGCCGAUUUGAUGGUCGUGACAGCCGACAGGGCUUGGUCAACCGAAGCGGAACCGUCGUCAGCCGUGCCAACACGGUCGGACGCAGUGGAACACUCUCGCGAGCUGCCAACGGUGGUACUGUCGGCGGCAGGCGCGGCGCUUUCGGACGAGGUGCUGGUGCCAGUAUUGGAACCCAACCUGAAGAGGUCCUCGGUAGAGAUGACAUCCACACGCGGGCGGAGCUGAGCGAGCGAAUCCUCGAUGACCAGACUCUUCGACGAUUGUCGACCAUGGAACGCAAGGACGCCAAGCGACUCUCGCGCGUGAUUAAGAAUGAAGGGAAGGCUGAGGCGAUGGCUGUCAAAGGAUCUAUUAAGGAAUUGGAAAGGUUGUCGAAGCUUCAGAGAGAGGCCGCUGCCGCCGAGCGACACUCUCAACAGCGUCUUGCCAAGUGGACUACCAAGGAGCACAAGGCCCGACUCCGAUUCCUAAAGGAAAAGGAGCGCUACGAGCGAAUCGAGGGUGAUCUCCGAAACGCGGAGAAUGACUACGAGGAGCGUCGGGACCAUGCAGCGGGUUUGACUGCACAAGUCGCAGAGAAAACUCAGGAGCUGGACGACCUCCGUGGGCAAAAGGCUGCGGACGACCGAGAAAGAGCGGUCAAGCUCCUCGCGCUCAAGAAUCCCGCUCACAGCUAG